GGUAGGACAGACUUACAGGAAGCCUUAAGUUAUUUGGAAGAGAGAUUUUCUGUACAUGGUCAACUGCUGUAUCUCCGGAGGAUGCUGUCGGAAGGCUACCUUUACCGGAUCGCUUACCUCUGUGAGGAUCGCUUCAGCUCUGAGCUCUACAGAGAGGCAGCAGCAGAGGAGGUGGCGUGUGAGAUGAGGUCCAUGAGUGGCAAGUGUUCUUCCACGGAUGAAACACAAGGGAAAAACCUCUCUCAGAGACGCAGAUCUGCUGGCAAGUGUGUUUCCUCGGUCCGCUAUAAAAACAGCAAACACACCGGUAAGCAGAAGGAUGAUCUGCCACGGCCCACCCAGCACCCAGCGAUGGAGGGCCGGACACUUCCAGCUGCGGAUGCCUGUGAAGGACUGACAAGAAAAGACACGUACCUGGUUCCACCUUCCUGUAAAAGCAUCUGUAAGAACUACAAUGAUUUGCACAUCGCGGGGGACUACGUAGUGCCCAUCAGCUCCGUGGCAACGGAUUUUACCUGCGACAGCGGGAUAGGCCCUUUCCUGGAGUCCUCAGAGAUCCCGCCGCCGCUGGAGUCGGUGAGGACUCCCCCCAGCGACGCGAGCCGCAAACCAACACAGGGCUACUCGGCGUGCUGGCGAGUGGCCAGCCUGGUGCCGCACCACCAGCCCCUCUCCGACUCGGCCCUGAACGACUACCUGGAGCAGAAGCUGCUGGAGCUGUACAAGCAGUACAUCAUGGACAGCACGGCGAGCAGGGCCUCCCCCACUCGGAUCCUGGCCUCCGAGCUCAUCAUGACCAACGUGGAUCAAAUCAGCAUGCAGAUAUCACGAGAGAGGAAUAUGGAGACCACCAAGGCCAAAGACAUUGUCAUCAGCCGUUUCUUACAAAUAGCCAGCGAAAAAAUAUCCUCGGAAAUUAGCACACCCAGUCUGCAUAUUUCUCUGUAUAGCAACACUAAUGCAUAACAUUCACAUAUCUGUAGUUAGAAAGCUGUAUGUUCUGCAA